AUGUCACAGAAGAGCAACAGCAAUCUUUCUCAUAAAAACUUCUCUAAGAUUCUCAUAAUAGGUGACUCAGGAGUCGGUAAAUCCUCACUUCUUCAGACAUUCAAUUUAUUGAAGGAGUCUCAGAAGGCUAAGCCAACAGUAGGUGCAGAGUUUUACUCAAAGCAGCUGACUCUUCAAGAAUUUCCCUCAUCGCUGUACAAAGGUUAGGAAGUGCAUCUACAGAUCUGGGAUACUGCUGGUCAGGAGAGAUUCUAAAGUCUAUGCACAGCUUUUUAUAGGGGAACAGAUUGCUGUGUGAUAGUCUUUGAUUUGAGUGAUUUGGCAACUUACUCCAAUGUUGAGAAGUGGGUCAGCACUUUCCAGCAAGUGAUGGGUGAUGAUAUAAAACAUGAUAUUCCAAUCAUACUUGUAGGCAAUAAAAGUGAUAAGGAGCGAUUAAUAGACAGUUAAACUAUUAAUGAGUACUGGGUUGAUUCAGGCAAAGCAAAGAUCUACAUUGAGAGCAGUGCUCAUAAUAAAGAUGGAGUUGAAAAUAUCUUCUAUGGAGCUGGCUUCUACUCACAUGAGUAUUAGCUUAUGAGAAAAAGAUAAAGUAUGGAAAGAAAAGCAUCAGGAUCUCCAAGGGGGAAAAUAUAGGUACAAAAAAGAGACUCAUUCAGGACUAGCAAUAGAAGAGAAAGCAAUUUAAUCCUUGAAAGACAUAGUAAGACCAAGUAUGGGGCCUCGAAAUGCUCUUGCUGA